AUUCUCAAGAUGUUUUUGAUGUGUUAUUCUGUUUCCACAUCCUCGUCUGACAGGACAUCGUCCCGAAGGCUUGGCUCUGGUGAGACUACAGGGAUCAAAACAUGGGCUUUGAGAUCUGGACUAUAAAGACGGUGGUUGUCAUGGCUGUUGGCGUGGUAACCAUGUUGCCUUCCUGCAUAGUGGAGUCGGUAGGGAACUCAAGCUCUACAGAGCUAAAGCUUUGGGACUUUGAAGUGAAACCAUCGGUAACACAGACAACACUGGCUGUGGUCUACAAGGAGAUUGAUAGGUUGAGGCGUGAGCAGGCAACAAUUAGGCAACAGCAAGAGGCCUUGAAACACAUGCUGUCAAGCCAGAAGAAAGAGUUUCCCAUGACAAUAGGUAGCACUGCCCUCGCGCCCUACCCUCUAACCACCCAAGAAAUUGAAAGCUGGUCUUCCGAAGACACAGACUCCAUGCCCAACUUUGACCCCUGCUACCGCUACACAGUCCUGGACCAGACAUGGAGGGCCACCAAUACCAGCACCAAGCAUAAGAUGUGUGACCGUAACGCCAACUGGAAGGGGUGGUACCGCCUCUUCUACAAAGGGAAGAGCCUGCAGAUGCCAGAGAGGUGUCCCCCUGUUGACAAGUGUGGCACCCACGCCCCCCUGUGGCUGGCUAGUUCCCACCCUCGAAGGAGUGACGGCAUCGUGAGCCGCAGGGUCUGUGGGCACUGGAAGAAGCAGUGCUGUGCCUUCAAGUCCACUCCCAUCAAGGUCAAGAAGUGUAGGGGAAACUACUAUGUCUACCAGUUUGUCAAACCGACAAGCUGCCAUCUGGCCUACUGUGCAGACGUGAACACUAUCGUGUGUGGCAGAUGCAGGAGAAGUGAAAGUUGUGUGAGCAGAGACAAAAUUAGCUGGACGUGUAAGAGGAAGAAAGUGAUAAAAAGACAAGUUCACUUCUUCGCCGCCAUCCCCACAAGCAUCACAGGCAAGGUGAACCGCAUCAAGUACAGUUCUGUCACAGUGAACGUGGGCCACGCCUUCAACAGGAAGACCUUCACCUUCCGGGCUCCUGUCAAGGGCAUCUACCAGUUCUUCUUUUCCACCCAAACUACCAGUGGUGGUAAAACAGACCUGUGGCUUGUCGUCAACGGUUACUGGGUUUCUGUCUCUCACACCCAGGUCACCAGCCCCUCCUCUGUUGGCAGCCUGCGAACGUACAUGACCUUCCUGCGCAGAGGAGGCCUGGUGUACGUGACCCAGAACUGUGGCAACUCUUGGGCAAACGCUGCGUCUUCCACCAUCAUUUUUGGGGGCUCACUACUCUCACAGUAGAGACUGGGGAUAAUUGUUUUCAGCAGGAGCUAGUGUUUUGGGAUUUGUCAGUAAUUCUGUCAAAAUUGCUUUGCAUUUUGUCAAGUCAGAGAUGACAGACAAAAACUAAAUGAAGAACUUUAACUUUAGCUUUUGCAAAAAUAAUACUGCUUAAAUAAAUGUUUUAUAUAGAAAAUACGUUUGAAUAAAAGCUUUUUCCUAUCUAUUUGUUUAAUGUUAUUUGAACAUUUGAAUUUCUUAAACAUGUUGACACAAUGUCGUUUUGGUGUCGUCUGUAAUGCUACUGCACUCAUUAUCA